GUCUACUAAUUGUUUAUUAAAAAUACUUCAAAUAGAUCAUCAUAAUAAAGUCUAUUGCUGUAUUAAUUUCCUGAGCAAACAUUGUUUCCAUCGCUCAGCCUUUAGACUUAGAUCUAGUUUUAAUUUGAGUUCACCAGUUGCCCUUCAGCAAUAUUGUAACAACAGUUCAUGUCUUCUGUUUUGUCGGCGCAAUUAUAAAUCUAUAUCUAGUACUAUAAACUGUAUAUCAUUUACAAAUUUAUCGUCUACAAACUCAACAACACAUAGAUCUAGAUCUACAUAUCUAGAUCUAGAAAUGGGUAAAAAGCGAAAAAGGCAACUAGGACUCAAUGCAGGCAAUAGACAGGAACAAAGUACCCAACAGAUUCACAUUCAAAGUGAGCCAAACUCACAGCGCAGUAAAAGAAAGACAAGUGGGAUGGAUAAAUUAACCCAACUUGCUAAAGUACCAACAAAAAUAAACCUUGUAGUUGUCGGCACUGGUGGACCUGGAACAUCACGAUCUUUGUUGCUUACAACGGAAUACACUCGAUAUAUGUUCAACUGUGGGGAAGGAUCAAGAAGACUUAUUUCAAUAAGCAGAAGCUUGAGACAAGCAGCUUAUGCUAAGGUAUCGGGCAUAGAAAACAUUUUCAUUACUUAUAAAAACUGGGAAAAUAUUGGCGGACUUUUAGGUAUGGCUAUGACACUUGAAAAUCAAAAAAAUACAGAGUUAAGGGCAUAUGGCUCAAGAGAGAAAGACUGCCAAGCACAAACUAGCAGUACCCCAAAAAUAACGAUAUAUGGACCACCAGAUGUGGAAAAAAUAGCUAUGAUGGCAAAGAAAUUUGCAGUUUCUGCUAAUUUGAACAUAGCCAAAGGGGAAGGAAAGUAUGAAGAUCUGUGUGUAACUAUAACUCCAGUAGCUUUCUAUAACAAUCUUGAUCAUGAACAAAAUCCAGCUAAGAGACAGAGAAUAAAUUCUGAAUGUAAAAUCAAUGAUGUUGCAUACUGCUAUAUUGUUCAGGCCAAACCUCCACAACCCAAAAUAAAUGUUGAGAAAUGUGUUGAUGCUGGAGUUACAAUUGGUCCUAUGGUGGGGCUGUUGCAGAGGGGCCACCCUGUCACUCUAGACGACGGCACUGUUAUACGUCCAGAACAGGUCACGGAUAUGCCAGUGAUGGACAAUAGACCAUUUCUAAUUUUGGAUUGCCCUAGCACAGAGUUCUUGCCCUCUCUGAUGAGGUGCUGUGAACUUCAAGACUACACUAAAACUGAUGUGGAUAAAAGGUCUUUUUCUGUGAUUGUACACAUGACACCUAAGCAUGUGUAUGAUAGCACAAUUUACCAAGCAUGGAUGGAGAGUUUUCAUGUCAGUACUGACCAUUUGAUAAUGAAUAGUGAGGCAGUUGGGGCUGAACUGACUCGUGUACGAGAACACCAGACCCUGCUCAACUUGGUUAGCAGUGAAAUUUUCCCUCUGCUACCAGCAGUAGAACACGCUGACAAGAUGGAAGUUGCAUUACAGGGUAAAAAUAGUGGUGAAGACGAUGAGAAUGAAAUAGUGGUCAUGACCCCUGAAACAGAGCUUAUGUUGUCACAGAAGAAAGGUCAAGUUGCAGUGGCAUUUUCAGGAUUAAUAUAUGUCAGCAGAGGGAAAUUGCCAGGUUUUCAUGCAGAAAUAGAUGAGUUCAACUAUGCAGAUCUGCGAGAGAGAUAUUUAAGCAAACUUGAUUUCAAAGAUCAACUUGACAAACUGGAGGCAAUUACUUCAACAGAGUCAGCCUCAGAUGAGGAUAAAGAAACAGAUGACAAAGAUUUCAGCUCAAAGUAUCCAAGAGUUGUUUUCCUAGGAACUGGAUCUUCAGAGCCUAACAAGAUAAGAGCACAAAGUUGUAUAUUAGUACAUCUCAGCAAACACUCUGUCAUCAUGCUAGAUUGUGGAGAGGACUCCUAUGGUCAGCUGUAUAGAUUUUAUGGAUCCAGAAAAACAAAUAGAAUUUUGAGAAAGUUGAAAGCAAUUUUCAUUUCACACAUGCAUGGAGAUCAUCAUUUGGGACUAAUUACAUUAAUGAAAGAAAGGAAAACUGCUUGUGAUGUCAAAAAUAAGACGUUUUCACCUCUUUUACUGGUGGCCCCAGUACAGAUGAAGAGAUGGAUAAAGUUUUAUCACACUGAGAUUGAUGAUGACAUUACAACUUUGUUUAGGUUUGUGAAAAUACAGACUUGGUUGAAUGACUUUGGUGAGUUACCAGAAUUAAAGACUGCAAGUUUUGAAGAGGUUUUACAAGAACUGGAUUUGUCUGAGUUCACACCUGUUCCUGUAGAACAUUGCAACAAUGCAUUUGGUAUUUCUUUCAGGCAAUCUAGUGGCUUCAAACUUGUUUACUCUGGAGACACCAUGCCCUGCGAAGCACUUGUGAAAGCAGGUGAGAAAUGUGAUCUCCUCAUUCAUGAAGCAACCCACGAAGAUAGUUUAUCUUCUCAUGCCAAAGUGAGCAAGCACAGUACUUUUUCACAAGCUAUUGAUAUUGGAAAGAAGAUGGAGGCCAAACACAUUAUUCUGACUCACUUCAGUCAACGCUAUUCUCAUAUGGUACCUCUUUAUAAGGUGGAACUGCCAGAUAAUGUUGGAGUUGCUUUUGACAACAUGCAGGUGAAUCCUCAAACUGUGAAAUAUUUACCAAAACUUAUACCAGCCCUUACAGAAUUAUUUUUUGAUGAGCUGCAGAAAUCAGCAAGUAAAACUCUGAAGUACGACAGAAACAAUGAGAAAUUAGAGAUGGCUGCUAAAGACUCAUUAUAGCAAUAGGCCCAGUAAUUAAUUUUAUUUCUACUCUUUUCAUGUGAAAAGGAGUUGUUGAUUAAAACAAAUUUAUAAACAGUAAAUAUGUGUUAUAGUUCAUCCUAGUUUAAAUUAUUUGUUAAGAAAUCUGAAAUACUUUUGCAGCUAGCAUUUGAUCAAGUGAUUUCUGUGAAUGCUGCAUGCAAAUCUUCUUUCUCAUUUUUAUGUUAGAGGAUUCAGACUAGUCCUAUAUCUGCAAUGAAUUGUGCAGUAGUUUCCAGCUCUCCAUGUAGUUUUUGUUUUUUAAGGGGUUUUGGGGCCAGGGUGAUGUUGGGGCCUCUUGAUAGAGUAUGCCAAUCUGAAGGGCAUUGUAUGUGAAUGAAUAAAUUUUUUUUAAAUUAAAAAAACUAAAGAUUGCAAAUAGAAAGUUAAAACUGUGAAUCGAUUUCUUUACAAAAUAUUUUAUUAUUGACUAUCUCACAGUUAACACACCUGGUAAUAAAAUAUCAUAAAGAAACAGUUUAUAUUAUCUUGCAAGAUGAAAACAUUUAAAAAAAAAAAACAACUAACAUUUGAUCUGAUAUAUAUUGUUCUAUUUAAACAAUCUGUUUCUUUAUAUCUUCAAUGAUUCUCUGCCAACUACCAUCAGUCCAGUUAUUGAGACGCUUCUUAGCACCUAUGUUGGCAUUCACAUUGUGACAAGCUGUAAACACAACAUGUUCCCAAGGCGGAUUCUUCUCGGAACCUAUGUGUUUGGAAUAUUUAUACUACUAAUUUUGAUGCAGGAAAAUACUAUUUAAUAUAGAAUCUUUGUACAUAAAUAUUUUAUGUUCCAUUAUUGGUACUUGAAACAUGAAUAAUGUGAGAAUUCAAUAUAUUGAUACAUUUAUCAACUUUUUUAAAGAUGAUAAAAUUAUGAACAGUUUACCUCUAAUGCGUAUAUCAUCAUCUAUAAUCAAAUGUGCAUUGAUCAGAGUUUUAUCCAGGCAAUGAAUGACUCUUUCUACCCAGUCUUCACCUAGAUAUUCUUCUAUCCACUGACACUAGAACAGAACAUUGCCAUCAAAGAUGGAUUGGCUUAAAUAAUAAUUUUUUUAAUUCAUAGUCAUACUUCAUAUUUUCUAAUGUCAAAAAAACUGCUUUGACUAGCAUGAUGCAUUCAGAUGUCUGUCUAAUAAUAAUGUUUUCUCAUUUGAAUUGAAGAAUAUUUGUAUAUUAUUAUAUACAAGGUAAAAAGGUUUCAUUAUCAUUCUAUGACAUUACAUGAUAUAACUAUCCCAGAUGUAUAUAGUUUCUGUUUUUGUGUAUUUUUUUAUUUUUGUUCAACUUUAAAUAUAUUUCAAGGGAUGUGUGGCUGAGAGGUAUAAGCCCCUUGGCUGUAGGGUGGGGGGUGGCCUCGAGCUCAAAGUCUAACUAAGUCUGAGUUUCGUUUUCUAAGUGUCUAAAUCAGUACUUCAACCUCCCAGAUAGUUGAAUCAAUUCCUGUUAUAAUUUAAGUUAUUAAAAUUUAACAUUGAAAUUUUCCUAUCACUCCAAUUUUUAUUUUUCUCUUAGAAUUUGUCUUUGCAGAGAAGUUCCAAACAGUUUGAAAUGUUGAAAUAAAAAUAACCUAAAUGGUUUUUUUCUUUAGCUGUGCACAUUUAUACAAUAUUAUUAUCCAUUUAUUUCAAAUAAAUAUAUCUAUAAAUAACUUUUCAAUUACCUCAGCUUAUGUUACCCAUUUCAGAAAAUUACCCUAAGACUCUGAAAUAAUCAAUCAUUUUAGUGUAAAGUUCUCCUUUCUGACUUUGCGACCUAAAGAGCUGAUGAUGUUGUCAUCCGUUUCUUUGGUCAGCACAAUGACCAACCGCUUUUACUUUCCCCAACUAAGUCAAGUACCCAUUAGAGUUGGGUAGACUCAGGGGCACCUAAAAAUCCAGAAAUUCAAAAUUUCAGUCUUCACUGAGAUUUGAAACCAGUACCUCAGAUUCGGAAGCCAAGCACUUAACCACUCAGCCACCAUGCCCCCUUAAUUAUUUUAGUGUAUUGUUACAAAAUAAGUCAAAUCUGAUUAUAUUAUACCUCUAGGAACAGACUCCCCAAUAUGUUUAAUUUAUUCCAUGUUACAAAAUAAGUCAAAUCUGAUUAUAUUACACCUCUAGGAACAGACUCCCCAAUAUGUUUAAUUUAUUCCAUGUUACAAAAAGUUAAUGUACUGGCAUAUUGAUUACAAUGUGUUGUUUGAUGCUUUCAAAUAAAAAGAAUUUCAUUUAUGA